CGGGGCGGGGCUCAGGCGCGGGGUUAUAGGACACGCAGGGCGCUCACAGUAGUGUAGUCCCUCGCAGCCGGACACGCGGGACCCACGGGACCCUCGGCACUGCGCAGGACCCCGCGGGAACCGGAACCUUUCGAUAGUGUUAUGGCGGCCGCUCCGGGAGCCCGACUUCUGCGCGCCGCCUGCGCCUCCGUCCCUUUCCGUGGCCUGGACCGCUGUCGGCUGCUGGUCUGCGGGACCCGAGCGGGAACUGCCGUCCCUCAGUGGACCCCGAGCCCCUGCCUGCGUGCAGAGGCCGGGCCUGGCCGGCCGCUGAGCGUGUCUGCGCGCGCGCGGAGCAGCUCAGAAGAUAAGAUAACAGUCCACUUCAAGAACCGAGAUGGUGAAAUGCUAACAACCAAGGGAAAAAUUGGUGACUCUCUGCUAGAUGUUGUGAUUGAGAAUAACCUAGAUAUCGAUGGGUUUGGUGCGUGUGAGGGAACUUUGGCUUGCUCUACCUGUCAUCUUAUCUUUGAAGAUCACAUAUAUGAGAAGUUAGAUGCCAUUACUGAUGAAGAGAAUGACAUGCUUGACCUGGCUUUUGGACUAACAGACAGGUCACGAUUGGGCUGCCAAAUUUGUCUGACCAAGGCUAUGGACAAUAUGACUGUUCGUGUGCCUGAAGCAGUGGCGGAUGUCCGACAGUCUGUUGACAUGAGCAAGAAUUCCUAAGCUACAAUAAAAAGAAAUAUUUUCAUUAAAUUUUUACCUAUUUUUAUAAUUAUUUCUUAGUAUAAUUAAGUGAUUAUAUGACAGAAUAUAUAUCUCAGUGUGAGUAGCUGUGCUGUCUUAGUUCAGUUUUAUAGUACUGAAGUUUGCAGUUUUUAUUUUGAUUAAAUUAUUAAAGUAUCAGUCUACUAUUAGAAGACAGCUGAUAUAAUAAACUCCUUAUGUAUUUUA